CCAACAAAGUGCAACGGCGCGCGAGAUCUCAGCAAGACAAGGAUCGACACCGAGUCAGAGACAUGGCGCCCACUCGAUGCCGGCCCUAACCGCAACUUUCACCUCCAAACCUGUACCACCCGAGUCAUGAUGCUCAAGUCACUGGCACUUGGCACUUGUUCUUACGUUACUUCAAAUAUGCAUCGCGAGUCUGUCUUCAGGCCACGAGACUGCGAUGAUCUUUUGUCCGUCUCUCUCCCCGUCUUGCCAGCGAUGCCUACGUCAAGCAUCACGGUCGUGGAUGACGAUAUUUGCUGCCCUCACAUAUCACAUCUUGCAUCGCCACGAGACAACGACAACACUCGCAUCGCAUGCGAUGCAACGUCCGAGCGAGACUAGCAUGGCAUUUGCUGAUUAUCAUUACAAACAAAGCGAGGCUUCAUGGCCAUAUGUCCACGUUCGUGCCGGCCCAACUUCGGCAUCCGACUGUGUUGCCAGAGUCACCGGCCCAGGAACAUGUCCAGACGUUACAUUAGACGCAAGACCCUUGACAGGCUGGUCUCUUGUUGGCCGCUGGGCAUGGCAGUCAUUGACACCUCAUGUGCUCCCCCGCCUUUCUGGCCUUUGGCUCGACUACCACGUGACGAGCGCCCUCCUCGGCGUUGUAUUUCGAUGCAUUCAAAACCUCUACUGCUGCCGUUUCCCCUCGAAAGAAAAAUCAUCAGUAGAAUCGCCAAUUCUGGGAACUCGUGGAGCAGAGGAAUGCAACCGAGGCGUAUCUCCUUGCAGGACCGCCGCCUUCGUCGCCCUGUACGAUGAUACGCCACGGUCGGUCUAGAAUUGGUCGUUUCACUUGAAUCAUCGAAGCUGCUACCAUAGCAACUUCAUGACUCUCGUCAGCAUCUUCCAUCUAGCCGUUCACGCGUACUCGGCUUUCCUCAUUUGGAAGUCUUCCGGCCAAGCGGUCGUGAGGUUUCUGUUGCUGCCCGUCGUCCGCCACCAUCGAGUAUCGUGGUGGGGACCCGGAUGCUUAGCUUCAAGACGGAGCAUUAAGAUGCUCACUAU